CGGGCAGGUGUUGCAAUCGGCAGCCCCUGGGCCUGUCACAAACCGAGCCAUUAACGACAGGGCUGGGGAGAGAAGCCGGACCGCGGCUGUUUUCAGGAACUUGCCCCCAAGAGGAGAGCAGAGACCAGGGAGGCCAGGCGGGUGCCCGCCGCAGGCUCCAGCAUGGGAAAACCGAGGUUCAGAAAGGUGAAGUAACUUGUCCAAGGUCACAAAGCUGGUGAACACCAAACCGGCGCUAUGGCAGGGCCGGGAACCUGGAGCCUGCCCGUGGCCACCGUGAUUAUCCUGCUGCUCCCCAGAAGCCUGGAGGAGUGUGGGCGCAUCAGCCUCCCAACCCCCACUGUCCACCUGGGGGACCCCAUCACAGCCUCCUGCAUCAUCAGCCCGAACUGCAGCCACCUGGACCCUGAGUCACAGAUUCUGUGGAAAUUGGGAACAGAGCUUCAACCCGGAAAGAGGCAGCGGCGUCUGGCAGAUGGAAGGCAGGAAUCCACCAUCACCCUGCCCCACCUCGACAGCCCAUGGGUCCUUCUCUCCUGCUGCCUGCGCUGGGGCAACAGCCUGCAGAUCCUGGACCAGGCUGAGCUGCAGGCAGGCUACCCUCCCGCUGCACCCCACAACCUGUCCUGCCUCAUGAACCUCACAACCAACAGCCUCAUCUGUCAGUGGGAGCCAGGACCCAACAACCACCUGCCCACCAACUUCACCCUCAAGAGCUUCAAGAGCCGGGGCUACUGUCAAACCCAAGAGGACACUGUCCCCGACUGCGUGCCUAAUGAUGGCCAGAACCACUGCUCCAUCCCGCGCAGACACCUGCAGUUGUACCAGAACAUGGGCAUCUGGGUGCAGGCAGAGAACGCGCUAGGGACCAGCAAGUCCCCACAGUUGUGCCUCGUUCCCAUGGAUGUCGUGAAGCUGGAGCCCCCCACACUGUGGGCCCUGGCCCCCAGCCCUGAGGUGGCUGCACCCCAGCCAGGUUGUCUGCUGUUGCACUGGGAGCCAUGGAAGCCAAGCCUGUACAUAGAACAGAAAUGUGAGCUGCGCCACCAGCCACAGCUUGCAGAAGCCAGCUGGGCCCUGGUGGGCCCCCUGCUCUCCCAGACCCUCCGGUAUGAGCUCUGCGGGCUCCUCCCAUCCACAGCCUAUGCCCUGCAGAUGCGCUGCACCCGCUGGCCCCUGCCUGGCCAGUGGAGCGACUGGAGCCCUAGCCUGACGCUGACCACCACACAACAGGCCCCCAUCGUCACACUGGACACAUGGUGGCGGCAGAGACAGCUGGACCCCAGGAUGGCAGACGUGCAGCUGUUCUGGAAGCCAAUGCCCUUGGACAAAUACAGCGGGCAGAUCCAAGGCUACCUGGUCAGAGCUCCAGACCAGGCUGAGGCAGAUCCCCCGCUCUGCAACACCACGGAGCUAAGCUGCACCUUCCACUUGCCCUCGGAAACCCAGGAGGUGGUACUUAUGGCCUAUAACACAGCCGGGACCUCUCAUCCCACCCCAGUGGUCUUCCUGGAGAGCAGAGGCCCGCCCCUGGCCAGACUCCACACCGUGGCUCGAGAUCCCCACAGCCUCUGGGUGGGCUGGGAACCCCCCAGCCCUCGGCCUCGGGGCUAUGUGAUUGAGUGGGGCCUGGGGCCCCCCAGCCCCAGUGGCAGCAAUAAGAGCUGGAAGAUGGAGCAUAACGGAAGCAUUUCUGGGACCCUGCUGCAGGAGAACAUCAGGCCCUUUCAGCUCUACGAGAUCACUGUGACCCCCCUCUACCAGGACACCAUGGGACCCUCCCAGCACAUCUAUGCCUACUCCCAAGAGAUGGCCCCCUCCCACGCCCCAGAGCUGCAUCUAAAGCACAUUGGCAAGACCUGGGCCCAGCUGGAGUGGGUGCCCCAGGCCCCCGAGCCGGGGAAGAGCCCCCUUAGCCACUACACCGUCUUCUGGACGAAUGCUCAGGACCGGUCCUUCUCCACUGUCCUGAAUGCCUCCUCCCACGGCUUGGUCCUCCACGGCUUGGAGCCUGCCAGCUUGUACCAUGUCCACCUCAUGGCGUCCAGCAAGGCCGGGGCCGCCAACAGUACAAGCCUUACCCUGAUGACCUUGGCCCUAGAGGAGUCUGAGCUGCAUGUCCUCCUGGGCCUAUUUGGCUUCCUACUCUUGUUCACCUGCCUCUGUGGGGCGGCCCGGUUCUGCUGCAGACCCAGCAGGAAGAAUCCCCUCUGGCCAAGUGUCCCAGACCCAGCCCACAGCAGCCUGGGCUCCUGGGUGCCUACCAUCAUGGUGGAGGAGACCUUCCAGCUGCCCAGCCUUCGGGACUCCAGCAUGCCACCCAUCACCAAGAUCACGGUGCUGGAGGAAGAAGAAAAAAAGCCAGGGCCCUGGGAGUCCAAUGACAGCUCAGGGACCUGUGGCCUCCCCACCCUGGUCCAGGCCUAUGUGCUCCAGGGGGACCCACGAGCACCUUCCACCCAGCCCCAGGCCCCAUCUAUCACCAGUGACCAGGUCCUUUAUGGGAAGGUGCUGGGCAGCCCCACAGGCCCAGGUCCAAGGCACUACCUCCGCUGUGACUCUGCUCAGCCCCUCCUAGGGGGCCUUACUCCCAGCCCCCAGUUUUAUGAGAACCUCUGGUUCCAGACUAGCCCCCUGGGGACCCCAGAGCCCCUCAUCCCAAACCAGGAGGAUGACUGUGUCUUCGGGCCAUUGCUUGAUUUCCCCCUCCUGCAAGGGCUCCAAGUCCAUGGAGUGGAGGGGCUAGGGGGUGUCUAGUGCUUCCUGGGACCCCCUCCUGGGCCUGCCUCUUGAAAGGCCUGGGCUGUCCAGAGGAGAGUGUCAGUAAGCCCAUCAUGAAAAAAAUCACCUAGCCCCAGAAGGGCAGAAAGAGUACCAGGAUCUCCCUAACUCCGGCCCCCAGCACCCUUCCUCUAUCUCCCCAGUCCCCACAGGCUGGGCCUCUCACUGGGGUGGCCAGAGAAUGUUUCAUCCAACCCUGCCCACUAGGCUCUUGUGCUUAUUUCCUGUAAUUUCAGUCUCUUAAACUGAUCCAUGGUUUGGUUUGGUUUGAUUUUGAGAAA